AUGGAUGAUAGAGAUAUGCCCACGAUUCCGGGCGAAUUGGUUUCGGAAGAGGUUGGCCGCUACCUCAAGACUCGGGUCUCCGAAAUUCUUCACCUGCGAAACCGCAAUUUCCCGGGGUCUCAGCCCGUUAGUUUUACGAGAAACCAUUUGGAGCAGUCAUUGAUGAAUCAUGACUACCUUGUUUGCGAGAAAUCGGAUGGGUUGAGAGUUUUGUUGUUGACGAUGGUGAACCCUGACUCUGGUGAAGAGGGCACCUUCCUUAUAACGCGUGAAAACGAAUACUAUAUGGUUCCCAAUUUCCAUUUUCCACGUUCAAAGACCAAUUUUGAUAUUCCCCAGGAUGGAACGAUUAUCGACGGAGAAUUGAUCCUGAGCAAGAACCCACAUACCAACGUCAAAGAGCUGAGAUAUCUCAUUUUCGAUUGUCUUGCCAUGAACAUGGAGGCAGUAACCCACAAAAAUUUAUGGAAACGAUUAUACCAUGCUCAGCAGGAGUUCCAUGUUCCAUAUAUGGAGUUGAGAAAGGCAUUUCCCGAACAAUGUUCUGUUUUCCCAUUCAAAUUGGACUUUAAAAACAUGACUCAACCCUACAAGAUAACCAAAAUUUUCCGCGAAAUGAAGAAUCUGACAUAUGUAUCAGACGGCCUUAUUUUCACCUGUUGUGAGACGCCGUACUUACAAGGAACAGACAAUACUCUCUUUAAAUGGAAGCCUGCCGAAGAGAACACAAUUGAUUUCAAGCUGAAACUCGAGUUUCCCGUGUUUGUGGACGAGUCACUGCCGGAUUCUGAUCCAGAAAAAGCGUAUCUUGACUAUGAUUCGAAGCCCUUGGUAAAGCUGUGCGUCUGGCAAGGAGGUGAGAAGGAGGGCGACUUCAUUGAUGGGGAAUACCAGACAGAUUUUGGCAACUACAAAGAGUGGAACGAGCUGUUUUUGACAGAAGAAGAGUGGAAAAAGUUGAAAGAGAUGGGCGAGAGUUAUAAUGGAAGAAUAGUCGAGGCCAGGAGAGAUGAAGAUGGUCACUGGAAGAUGCUGCGGUUCAGAGACGAUAAGUCUCACGGGAACCAUGUGACGGUAGUUCAGAAAGUUCUGGCGUCCAUAAAAGAUUCAGUAAAGAAAGAAGACCUCAUGGCGAAAGAGGAGAAGAUAAAACAGAUGUGGGAGUUGAGAGAGAAAAGAAGGAAGGAAGAAGCAAUCAAGAGGCAAAACCAGCCACAUCAGCACAAACCAGACGCGAACUCUCAUCACGACCAUCACGAACAUCAUGACCAUGUCCAAGAGAAAAGGAAGAAGGAGUUAUCCGAUGACGAUAAUGAUGACUUUGAAGACGAGAUACCGACCUACGAAAGAACCCCUUCUCCCAAAUACGGAGAGAAUGGUUCCAAAAAGAGGAAAAUGUAA